AUGCCUGGUGUCUACUACGAUCCGUUGCUGCACAGCAUGCCAGUCGAAGGGGUAGCGGGAAUGUGUGCUAAGACGACAGUUGCACCCUUAGACCGCAUCAAAAUUCUCCUUCAAGCACACAAUAAACAUUAUAAACAUCAUGGGGUGUUUAGCGGCCUCCGAAAUAUAGUAGCACAGGAGAAUUUCUUGGCCCUCUACAAAGGAAACGGUGCACAAAUGGUCCGGAUUUUCCCUUAUGCGUCGACUCAGUUUACGUCUUUUGAGGUUUACAAGAAGCUCUUGAAUAAUGUAUGGGGUGACACAAAAUACCUAAGCAAAUUCACCUCGGCUGUUGCUGGUUCCUUAGCAGGCGUAACAGCAGUGUUUUUAACAUAUCCCCUUGAUACUAUACGUGCGAGGUUAGCUUUUCAAGUCUCUGGGGAACACAAGUACACUGGUAUCGUAAAUGCUGCGGUAACUAUAUUCCAAACCGAGGGCGGUGCGAGGGCGCUCUACAGGGGCUUCACGGCAACAGUCUGCGGCAUGAUACCCUAUGCUGGACUGAGCUUCUAUUGUUUUGAGCAGAUGAAAUAUUUUUGUAUGAAGUACCUCCCUGAAUACACAUGCAGCCCAUGCGAGAAAAACACAGGUGGCCUUGUGCUCUCAAUCCCGGCCAAGCUCCUGUCUGGGGGCUUGGCGGGAGCGGUGGCCCAGAGCUUCUCGUACCCCUUCGAUGUCACCCGCAGAAGGAUGCAGCUGGCGUGGAUGACGGAGGAGACGAGGAAGUUUGGGUGAGUGAGCAAGGGGAGAG